AGAUUAAAACAACUGCAUGCCAAAGAGUCAUCUGCUCAGGGGAAGAUGCUUCGAUUAAGUGUAGAAACUGGUGGAUGUUCCGGAUUCCAGUAUGUCUUUUUGCUUGAUGACAAGAAAAAUGCAGAUGAUAGACUCUUUGAGAAGGAUGGUGUUAAGCUGGUGGUUGACAACAUCUCCUAUGACUUUGUGAAAGGUGCCACCAUUGAUUAUGUUGAAGAAUUGAUUCGUUCUGCAUUCCUGGUGGUAACCAACCCAAAUGCAGUUGGGGGUUGCAGCUGUAAAAGCUCCUUUAUGGUCAAUUAAGUGCUAGGAUGCUGGGACAAAACACCUCCUUCCAUUGCUACGCAGAUGUUUUCCACUGCAUUUGACUCUGAUGCCAUUUAUUUGCUGUAGUAAUUGAUAAUAUCUGUAAUACUGAAUCGAGUCGACAUCAUGUACCUCUUGUUCAUUCUUGUAAAAGUUGAGCUUGUUGAUGGCAGAAUUGUAUAUCCAUAAUAACAUCAACAGUUUGGUGGUGUCGCCUACUCUUUUUUUGAGAUAAAUUUUGAUAGGCAGGUUGGAUCUAUGUGAUCUAUUUGAUGUCUAA